CUGUGUUGUUUCCCUCCAGACAUCCAGGGGAAGAGUGAUGUCAUCCAAAGCUCUUCAUCCUCAUCGUUGUCAACAGUAACGACAGCGGAGACCGAACCCCCGACCCCGCCAACGGAGGACAGCACCACCCCCCCACGCACCCAGAUAACAGUGGCCAAGAAACAGCAGUGGACCAAACUGGCCUCCACACCCAGCACAGAGGGCUCUCACAGCCUGCUCUACAGGGCUUGUGACUCGGAUAGCAGCUCAGGAAAGGCCCAGGUCUCAACCUCCAAACAGGCCUGGAGCCAGAAGACGUUAGUGGAAGCCGGGCUGGACAGAAGGAGGUGUGAUGAUUUAGACUGGGAGCAUCAGGGACAAUGUAGCACCUCCUUCUGUGAGCCUCCUCCCCCUGUUCACACCGCAGUCCCAGAGCUCACCAACCCUAUAGGAGGUUACGCUGAGAUCUGUGUCUCCUCCUGUAUGGUGAAGUCCUCGGGGUCCGGGGCCUAUCUCCAGACCCUGGACAGGAGCAGCCGAGCCUGGGUACUGUCCACAGGAAAGAGCCAGGCUGCAGACGAGUCCUACUCGCGUCUAGGCCUCCACCCCACCUGCUUCCCUGAGCUGAGGCAACGCACAGAAGGCGACAACAUUUGGUACAACCCUAUUCCAGAGGAGGAGGACGUGCUGCGUGACAUCGGAGGUUUAGGACGUUUAAGAGGGGGAGGAGGAGGAGGA